AGGAACUUCAAAAAGUUCAUUGACUCGCCCAAAAUCAGCCUUUUUCAGUAAAAAUGGCGAGUCGUGGAGGUUCAGCUAGGCGCGUCCCAGAAACUGAAGCCGCAAUCACAUAUGUGCAGUGCGAUGGACUGGCGGUAAUGAAAAUAGUGAAACACUGCCAUGAAGAAUCAUGCAGCAACAUGGAGGUGGCGCAGGGGGCGCUGCUGGGGCUCGUGGUGGAGAACCGCCUAGAGAUCACCAACUGCUUCCCAUUCCCCAAGCACGACGACACCAUGGACGAGGAGGAGUACCAGCUCGACAUGAUGCGGAGGCUGCGUCGGGUUAACGUUGAUCAUUUCCACGUUGGAUGGUACCAGAGCGCGGACGUGGGCAACUUCCUGACCCUGCAGCUGCUGGAGUCCCAGUACCACUACCAGACCUCCAUCGAGGAGUCCGUCGUCGUUAUCUACGACACCAAGAAGUCCGCCCGCGGGUUCCUCACUCUGAAGGCAUACCGCCUCACUCCUCAGGCCAUCGCCAUGUACAAGGAGGGCGAUUAUACCCCGGAGGCCCUGCGCAACCUGAAGAUCGGCUACGAGAGCCUGUUCAUCGAAGUACCGAUCGUGAUCCGCAACUCACCUCUCACCAACAUCAUGAUGUCCGAGCUCGCUGAGAUGAUCCCUGAGGAAGAGGGAUCCAAGUUCCUAGAUCUUGGCACAGCUUCUGUGCUUGAAGGCCAACUCCGCAGUUUGAUGGAGCGAGUAGACGAACUGAACCAGGAAGCUAUUAAAUUCAACCGCUACCAACAGUUAGUAGUCCGUCAGCAACAGGACAAGCACCGUUGGCUGCUCAAGAGGGCGCAGGAGAACGCCGCUCGCGCCGCGAAGGACGAACCGCCACUACCCGAGGAAGACGUCAACAAACUCUUCAAGCCUCACCCGGUUCCACCAAGGCUAAACCCUAUGAUUGUUGCCGGACAGAUCAACACAUACAGCCAGCAUAUAAGCCAGUUCUGCUCCCAAUCUCUAGCCAAGCUAUAUCUGACACAAGCGCUCCAAAAUGCAAAGGAAGCGAAGCAGAACAACUAGUGUGUAUUCGGUAUUAAAUUCUGUGAGAUUGGUGUUCAUACCUCUAAUAAAGUAAGGUUGCAUUUUUGUAAUCCACA